CAUUUUCCCUCUUUGUACGCAACCAUUCACUAUGCCUCUGGCCAUGACCACACCGCGCGCCCGCUUGAGCGACGAGCGCAAGCGCCACGUCUACAUGAUCGCACAACUUUUGAACGACAGCGCGUCCAAGGCACCGCUGCCCCCCAUGCCCGCUCCAUGAAGGUCGUGCGCCUCGCGCUCAAGAUGGAACAAAAGCUCUUUGACGCGACGCACGGCCGCAAGCUCAGCGAUACGUCGAUUCAAAAGUACCUCGUGGUCCUCGCAGCACGCGCUUGCAAGAGCUGGGUGCGCACCGUGCCAAUCUAA